ACAAACAAAAAGGAUCUCCGUGCGCGCCUGGCAUUUGGUUGUACCGCCUUUUUCUCAGUUAGCUCCCCGCUCACGCAGUCUCCGACUUUCGAUUCCUCAAGUAGUGAAAUGGCGCCUCUUCGCUUCUCUGCUUUGUAAAACUGAGACUACACCUCCUUCAUCCUUUCUCUUCUCCUUAAGUCGUCCAUACGGAUUUUCUCCUCUCUCUCUGUCUUUCUGGUAUUGUUUUCGCAAAUAAACCCCAACGCUGAGAAAUUCAGGCAAACCCAUAAAUUGAUGUAGUGUAAUGAAAAAAAGCCUAAUAAUGAAGCGAGAUUUCGACGAAAUCUCCGAGGAAGAGUGGUCACGUUACUCCUUCAGUCCUUCUCGCGUCUUCAAGAGAACGCAGCAAGCGGAGACACCUAAACCUCCUCCAAUCGAAACGUUCGCUUUCACGAAAUCACAGAAACGAGAAGAAAGCAGCAGCGACGAUUGCUUUGAAAUUCAAAAUUUGGAAAAUACCGACUUGGAGGACGAUGACGCGGUGCUGGAAGAUGAAGGGGUGGAGGAGGUGAGAGCUAAUCGUGGCCGUCGAUUUGUGGUGGAAGACGAAGAUGACAAUGAGGAUGCCAGCGGCAGGGCGUUUGGUGGUGAUGCCCAGGUGUAUGAGGUUAAAUCCAGCGAAGACGAGGAAGAACUUGACGACGAAGACGUGGUCGGAAAGGCCCUUCAGAAGUGCGCGAAGAUCUCGGCUGACCUUCGGAGGGAGCUUUAUGGUUCUUCUGUGGCUUCAUGCGAGAGAUACGCGGAAGUAGACUCUUCUUCAGUGAGGAUUGUCACUCAGGAUGAUAUUAAUUCAGCAUGCAGGGAAGACGAUUCUGAUUUUCAACCCCUUCUCAAGCCAUACCAGCUGGUUGGUGUCAAUUUUCUUCUUCUGCUGUACAGGAAGGGCAUUGGUGGAGCCAUUCUGGCAGAUGAGAUGGGCCUUGGGAAGACUAUUCAGGCUAUUACAUACUUAACAUUGUUGAAACAUUUGAACAACGAUCUUGGUCCUCAUUUAAUUGUAUGUCCUGCCUCUCUAUUGGAAAACUGGGAAAGAGAACUUAAAAAGUGGUGUCCAUCAUUUUCCAUUCUCCAGUAUCAUGGGGCUGGUCGAGCGGCCUAUGCAAAAGAGUUGAGUUCUCUGGCCAAAGCUGGAUUGCCACCGCCAUUUAACGUGCUUCUUGUUUGCUAUUCACUUUUUGAAAGGCAUAGUGUGCAGCAGAAAGAUGAUCGUAAAAUACUGAAACGCUGGCGUUGGAGCUGUGUCUUGAUGGAUGAGGCCCAUGCUUUGAAGGAUAAAAAUAGCUAUAGGUGGAAAAAUCUAAUGUCUGUUGCUAGGAAUGCAAACCAGCGCCUAAUGCUCACAGGAACACCGCUCCAAAAUGAUUUACAUGAACUGUGGUCAUUGUUAGAGUUCAUGAUGCCCGAUAUUUUUGCAACUGAAGAUGUGGACUUGAAGAAGUUAUUAAAUACGGAAGAUGGAGGGCUGGUAGGUCGCAUGAAGUCCAUUCUGGGACCAUUCAUCUUAAGGCGCUUGAAAUCUGAUGUAAUGCAACAGCUUGCUCCAAAAAUACAACGGGUUGAGUAUGUAUAUAUGGAAGAGCAACAGGAAAAUGCUUAUAAAGAGGCCAUAGAGGAAUAUCGUGCUGCUUCACAUGCUCGAAUUGCAAAGCUUUCGGGGACUAGCUUAAAUGAUGUUUCUAGGGUGCUUCCAAGACGCCAGAUUUCAAACUAUUUUGUUCAGUUUCGAAAGAUUGCAAAUCAUCCGUUAUUAGUGAGGAGGAUUUACAGUGAUGAUGAUGUUAUACGGUUUGCUAAAAAGCUACAUCCAGUAGGGGCAUUUGGCUACGAAUGUACCACUACCAAAGUAAUUGAGAAACUAAAGAGUUAUAGUGACUUCUCCAUUCACCAGGUAAUCCUUUUCCUUAAUUAG